UUGGCUGGCGGGCAGGAUCUGCUGCGAGGUGAUGUCUCCCUGGCAGAGAUGUGUGGGAGGGUCAGUGCGCAGGCAACUCCGACCGGCCCAGGAGGAGGUUAUGGGAAGGGAUGCACGUUAUCCCGCCCGUCCGCGGCAUUCCCGCGCCCCGGAGGCUCCCCGGGUGCGGGGCAGGGCCUGUCGCCGGGUCGGGAGCCGUCACCCCCCGGCAGAACGGGAGGAGGGGAAGAGGCAGGAACGUGGGAUCUGUCCCGGCACUCCUGGGCGGAGGAGCCGCUGCCGGCAGGCUCGGCGGCCGCGAGGGGGCACCAUGAGCCCGUCAGCCGCGCGGGCAGCGGGAGGGGCCGGGAACGGGGGAGCAAGGCCGGGAAUGGGGCCGUGAGCGGGGCCAGCCGAGCCGCGUCCAGCAGCAACACCCGCCGAGGGGGGGACGGGCCCCAGCAAACGGCUAGGACACGGGAAGGAGCGAGCGCCGCGCUCUUGCUGACGUGGUCAGGUUUGCACGCUUGGAUCUCGCGGGCCUGACAUUCCUGCUCGGAAGCUAAAGACGAUCAAACACUUCUGCUGGCUUUAGCAGCCAUAAAACUUUACACGUUUGCC